UCGAGUUGUAGAGAAAUAUUUUGUUGUUGCUGAUUGCAUAUUUUCUUUUAAUUUUCUAUCGAGUUAAUGUUUACUCAGGUUUUUCUUCGUCGAGCUCCAACAAUUCUACGAGGAUAUUCGAUCAGGCAUGGAUCAAAGCGUUCAUUACCAGUGAUCGAUAAUUGCACGACAAAGCGAUUCGUACAGAAGGAAAUAAGCUCCAGGUAUCUUACGUUCUACACCAAAAUGGAAAGUCGGCAGUUCUCCAGCCAAGCACCGUUGGCAAACGUGUCAACGGAAACAGCGCCAGACACGUCCUUCGAGCGAAUCAACACAAUCAUCAAAUCCGUUCAGGAUAAUCGCGACUAUCGUGGUUUACGAUUACCGAAUGGAUUGAAAGUGGUUCUAGUUUCCGAUCCAACCACUGACCGCUCGGCAGCGGCACUUUCUGUCGCGGUUGGACAUCUAAGCGACCCACAGGAAAUACCGGGACUAGCGCAUCUGUGCGAACAUAUGUUGUUCCUUGGGACCGAAAAGUACCCGAAAGAAGACGCAUAUUCCGCCUUUCUAAAGGAACACGGAGGAAGUUCGAAUGCCGCGACCUGCUCCGACAUUACAAAGUAUUUCUUCGAUGUCGUCCCGGAACACCUGGAAGAGGCACUCGAUCGAUUCGCCCAGUUCUUCAUCGCUCCUCUGUUCAACGAGUGUGCUACAGAUCGUGAGAUUAAAGCAGUUAAUUCGGAACACUUGAAGAAUGUGUCCCAGGACUUGUGGCGAAUUAAGCAAGUGCAGAAGUCCCUCUGCAACACCACGCAUCCGUACAAUCGCUUCGGGUCGGGAAAUGUGCAGACCCUUUGCGAUGAUCCUCGAAAGAACGGUAUCAACGUGCGGGACGAGCUGAUGAAAUUUCACAACAAGUGGUACUCAUCGAAUCUGAUGAGUUUGGCCGUUUUCGGAAAAGAAAGCUUAGAUGAGCUGGAAGCGAUGGUGAUAAAACUGUUCUCACAGAUUAAGAACAAACAAGAGACGGCUCCUACCUGGCCGGAGAUGCCGUAUGCGGACGAUCAAUUGGCUACGAAAAUCUACAUUAUUCCCGUCAAAGACACUCGCUCGCUGGCUAUCUACUUCCAGAUGGAGGAUCUGGAAAAGUACUACAAGUCCGGUCCGGAGCACUACGUAAGCCACCUCAUAGGGCACGAAGGCAAAGGCAGCAUUCUGUCCGAGCUGAGGGCUCGUGGCUGGUGUAACAAGCUGAUCAGCGGAUAUAGUAGCUUAGGCCGAGGGUUCGGCUGCCUGGAAGUGAUGGUCGAUCUGACUGAGGACGGCUUCGAGCACGUGGAUGGCGUGGUUAAAACCAUCUUUCAAUACAUCAAUCUGCUGCGCUCGAAGGGACCGCAAAAGUGGAUUUUUGAAGAGUAUUGUAAACUGUGUGAGAUGCUGUUCCGGUUCAAGGAUAAGGAAAAUCCAAUCAAACUGGUGUGUAACAUCGUGGCAUCAAUGCAGACAGUACCGCUUGAAGAUGUACUCGUAGCUCACUUCUUGAUCAGCGAAUGGCGACCGGAUCUCGUGGAGAACAUUAUGCAGAAGCUAACUCCUGAAAGGGCUCGGUACACAAUCGUUGGACAGAAAUGUAGCGACCUUGCCACAGAGCAUGAGUAUUGGUAUGGCACAAAAUAUGGCACGCGGAAGGUAGACAAAACAACGCUUGAGUAUUGGUCAGCGCCGGAUUUGAAUGACAAUCUGCAUCUUCCCGAGCCGAAUCCGUUCAUAGCGACCGAUUUCGAUUUGUUGCCACUGGACACGUCUAUGGAGAACUAUCCCGUAAUCAUUCACGACACUCCAAUCAUCCGUUCGUGGUUUAAGCAAGAUGUGGAAUUUCUCAAACCGAAAGCACUGAUGAACCUCGAUUUCAAUAGCCCGAUCGUCUAUUCGGAUCCAUUAAACUGUAAUUUGACUCAUCUGUACGUGCAGCUUUUGAAGGAUCAUCUCAAUGAGUACCUUUUCGAAGCCGAUCUGGCAGGACUAAGCUUCGGUGUGAGCAACACAACCUCCGGAUUAAGUCUCUCAAUCGGAGGAUACAGCCACAAGCAGCAAAUUCUGCUGAAGAAGGUAUUGGACAGUUUAUUUGAUUUUGAGGUCGAUAUCCGUCGGUUCCAAAUCCUCAAGGAACAUUACGUACGUGGAUUGAAAAAUUACGGCAUGGAGCAACCGUACCAACAUGCCGUGUACUACCUGGCGCUAUUGCUUACGGAGCAGGCAUGGACUAAACAGGAACUGUUGGAUGCUACCAAAUUAAUGACAGUGGAACGUUUGCAAUCAUUUAUCAAGCAGCUGCUAUCGCAAAUGCACGUAGAAUGUUUUAUCUAUGGAAACGUGAAUCGGGAAAGAGCCAUGGAAGUUACACGAAUUGUGGAGGAGAAAAUGAUACAAACUGACGCCAAAAUAGUCCCACUUUUGGCAAGACAGCUGUGUCAGCGGAGAGAACAUAAUCUGCGAAACGGAGAAAGCUGCCUAUUUGAGGGUACAAACGAGUAUCAUAAAUGCUCUUGCACCCAACUGUACAUGCAGUGCGGACAGCAAGAAACGCACUCCAUAUACGUCGACAUUCUGUCCCAGCUGCUCAGUGAAGCGUGUUACACGCAGCUACGCACAAAGGAACAGCUGGGAUACAUCGUGCUAUGCGGAACACGGAAGGCAAACGGAGUCUGUGGACUUCGUAUCAUUGUACAGUCGGAACGGCAUCCGGCGUAUGUUGAAACGCGGAUUGAAAAUUUUCUCAACAACAUGGUGAAUUACUUGGAAAACAUGACGGAAAGCGAAUUCAAUCGACAUAAGGAGGUGUUGACCCAACUUCUCCUCGAAAAGCCAAAGCGAAUGGUUACACAGUUUAACAUAUUUUUACAUGAAAUUUCCCUCCGGCAAUACCACUUCAAUCGGGCACAGGUUGAGGCAGCAAAGCUACAAACAAUGACCAAACAACAAGUGAUUGACUAUUACAAGGAAUACAUUCUACUGGGCGGUACCGCAAGAAGCACGCUAUCUGUCCAUGUUCUCUCAACGGCAGACGGAGGUGCUGGAUUGGGCAAAACGCCAGAGGAUGAAGAACCGUUGGGUGAAUCCGUUGUGGAUGACAAGCAAAGCGUGCUCCCAACGACGAAGGAAUUCGUGAGGGUAACUGAUCUGGCAGUCUUCAAAGCGUCACGAUCGCUGUAUCCGUUGGUUCAACCAUACAUCGACAUCCUGCCCAAAGGAGGACGCUGCAAACUGUAAACCAAUCAUUGUGUACCGCACUAUGUGGACAAAUCAAUGCGUUAGUAGGGCAACUCAUGAGCCAAAGGCAUGGCCACAAUCUAACCUUCAACAGUAAUUUCCGCCUGCUGGUGUACUUAAAGACUCGACGGAGGGUGGCAGGUUAAAAAAGAUAGUUUUCGAUAAAGUACAUCUGGUGUUUCGUGUUACCCACAAAAUAAACUGUUUUCUCAAUUGA